AUGGAGAAAAUUAAUGUUUUGAAGUUUAUGGGAGUAUUGCUUGUAUGUCUCUUGAUUUUAAUGCCUUCUGUGGGUAGUAAUUUUAUUUCGUUCCAAGGGCCUGGGUGUGCACUCCCGGGUACUGUUAUCAUGUCUUGUGGUUAUUGUUUACCUAUAUUCGAAAACUACCACUCAGGAUAUAGUUUUCGAUACUAUGACGGACAGCCUGCGUAUCUUUAUAAUUCUGAUAAAUGCGAGGGUACACCAGAUACUGAGCUUGCUGCCACUACAGAGGACUGCAAUGGUUUUGGGUGGAGUAGUAUCUUCAUUCAGUGCUCAUAA